AUGCGAUCCACCACAUUCGCGCUCGCGCUCGUUGCGCUCAUCCUCUCGCUCGUCACGCUCGCAUCCGCACAGGCCGCUGCAGGUGGCGGUGCCGGCGUCGCAACCACCUACACCGGCGUCCAGACCAUCUCGGGCUACACACCACCGCCAUCCUCGCAGCUCCCCGCGCCCCAGGUGUCGCGCGGCACCAUCCUCACCACCAUCCCCGGAUACGGCAACAACUCGAAUACCGGCAAUGCGCUCAACCAGGGCUCGGGAAUGGGUUCCAGCAGCGGCGCACUUUCGCUCCUCACCUCGCCCCACUUUGCGUCCAGCACCGCCGCACAGGCGAUCUUGAUGUGCGUCGCCGCCAUUGCUGCUGGUGCCGUGCUGCUCUAA